AUGGAUUUUACCGGCAAAGUGGUGUUGAUUACGGGCGCAUCUUCCGGCAUCGGCGAAGGUACGGCCAUCUAUUUCGCCAAGUUUGGAGCAUCACUCGCGCUCACCGGACGCAAUGAGGCCAACUUGAAGAAGGUGGGCGAUGCAUGCGAAGCGGCUUCGAAGAAUAAGCCCCUGCUGAUUGCGGCCGACGUUACGAAGGAGGAGGACAACAAGCGAGUGCUGGAGGAAAUUGUCGCCAAGUACGGAAAGCUGGACGUAUUGGUUAACAACGCCGGCAUCUUGGGCAAUGGAUCGAUCGAAAAUACGAGCCUGCAGCAAUACGAUGAGCUAAUGAACACGAACGUUCGGGGUGUAUAUCACCUGACCAUGCUGGCCGUACCGUUGCUGAUAAAAACGAAGGGCAACAUCGUGAAUCUAUCGAGCGUGGCUGGAAAUCGAUCGUUUCCUGGUAUUUUGGCGUACAGCAUGUCGAAGGCGGCCAUCGAUCAGUUCACGCGCUGCACCGCCCUGGAGCUGGCUCCCAAGCAGGUGCGCGUGAAUGCCGUCAAUCCAGGUGUUAUCAUUACGGACAUCCACAAGCGUGGCGGAAUGGACGAGGAAUCUUAUGCCGCUUUUCUGAAGAAAUGUGAACAAACGCACGCACUGGGACGUCCGGGCGUGGCCGAAGAAGUCGCAUCAACCAUUGCCUUCCUAGCGUCCGAUGGGGCAAGCUUCAUUACCGGUGUAACGCUGAACGUAGAUGGAGGAAGACACGCCAUGUGUCCCCGGUAA